GAAUGUCCCAAACCUCAAGUGGAGGGAAAUCAAAAUGUUGUUCUAACGAAUGAUGCGCUCCUAAAGAACGAUUUUCCGGAGGGCUCGGAAGCCACUUUUGAGUGUGCCAACGGCUACAUGAAAGAUCAAGGAUCUGAAAGUAUCACCUGCACGAGUGGAGAGUGGAGCACGCUGGAAUUAACCUGCAAAAGUAGGCAGCGAAAUACUAUUCCUUCUGUUAUUCUGUCAAGUGCGAUUGUUAUUGAGUGUUUACUGUUGGUUGAUUGUUUGCUGCUGCCAUUAGCUCGCUGAUUAUUGAUUUCAGAGAAGGACUGCGGUGCACCCAAGGAGAUGCCACAUUUGACAUAUGAGUUUGGUGAGGAAGGGACGCUUUUUGGUGCAUCAGCAAGAGCAUUUUGUGAAAAAGGGUGAGUAUGCUUCAAUAUCUGAUGUAUCAUCAGAGUAUGGGGGAAUUAUUUUGCCCAAAGAUUCAAUGCCAGACAACCUUCCCCCCACCCCACCUCGUCUCACAUGCUCUCUCCCCCUCUCUAGCUAUCAAGUUCAGGGGUCAAGUUACAGGCAGUGUUUUGCCACAGGUUGGAGUGGAAGAUCAAGAUGUGAAGGUAAAUCUCACAUAUUUGCCGUUGACACACCUUGGACAUCUAAGGCAUUGAACUUGUUUGAAUGAAGAUCACAAAUAUUACUGCUGAGCGAUUAGUGCUUUUUAGAGUCAGUUCUGUUUCGGUUCAAUUAUUUGAAAAUAAUCACGGUUUUUGGUUUGAUUCUUUUUAAAUAAUGACAUUAAAAUGAUUUUAGAACCAACAAUAAUGAACUUUCAAUUGCAGAAACAUUAGUUAUUUAAUAGCCCAAAAAUUAUAAUUUGGUUAAUCGCUCAGCACUAACAAAUAUAUUGCACCCAUGUAUUUCUUCCUCAGUGGUAACUUGUGACGAACCUUUUGAGAUAAAGAAUGGCACGAUCUUAGAGAAGCCUGACAAAGAGUUUCCAGAGUAUGGGGAUGUCAUACAGUACUCCUGUGAUGAAGGUUACACCCUCAUUGGAAACAAAUCCAUUGAGUGCAAUGAAGAUGGUGAAUACAACUCAUUCCCUCCUGAAUGCAAA